AUGGCCUCAUCUACGACCCCCCACACCACGAAGCAGUGGAUCCUCGCUUCCAAGCCAACCGGCGCCCCGGUGCUGACUGGCCCGGACGCGACAUUCAAGCUGCAGACCGUGACGCUGCCCCCGCUAAAGGAAGGCCAGCUCCUCUGCAAGGUGCGGUACUUCUCCAACGACACCGGCCUGCGGAACUUCAUCCAAAGCACCGUCGCGCCUGAGCGGUUCUAUGUGCCUACCGUGCCCCUAGGGUCGCCCAUGCGAUCGGGCAUCAUUGCCGAGGUCAUCGAAUCUGCGUCGCCGACCUACAAGCCCGGCGAUCUGGUGAUGGAUUUCCACCUUGGCACGUGGAGCGAGCUCGUCGUGCUGGACGCAGCGACAUCGCAGGCGCUGUCCCCACUGCCCAACAACCUCCCCGUCACGCACUACCUGGGCGCGUUCGGCGCAUCCGGGCUGGCGGCGUACACGGGGCUGGCGUACGCGGGUGGCUUGAAGGCGGGCGACACGGUGGUCGUCUCCGCGGCGGCGGGCGCGACGGGGUCGAUGGCCGUGCAGAUUGCGGCACAGCUGCUGGGCGCCAAGCGGGUGAUUGGGAUCGCGGGGUCGGACGCAAAGUGCGCGUGGGUGCGCGAGCACCUGGGCGCGCACGCGUGCAUCAACUACAAGAGCCCGACGUUCGUCGAGGAACUGAAGGCCGCGACGCCCGACGAGGUCGACGUGUACCUCGACAACGUGGGCGGCCACGUGCUGGACGCGAUGCUGACGCGCAUGAAGCGCAACGGCACGGUCGCCGUCUGCGGCGCCGUCAGCAGCUACAACAGCGGCGAGCCCAUGGCGCUCAGCAACUGGUUCGAGGUCGUCUCGAUGCGCAUCAACAUCCGCGGCUUCAUCAUGCUCGACUACAUGGACAAGGCGCCCAAGAUCCUUGGGGAUCUCAUUGGCGCGGCGGCAGACGGGAGAAUCAAGUUGGGAGAGGGCGAGACGGUGGUGGAGGCGAGGAUUGAGCAGCAGCCUGAGACAUGGAUGAAGCUGUUCAGUGGCGGAAACCAGGGAAAGCUACUGACGAAGCUGAUAAUUUAG